AUGCUAGACUUCAACGCCGAGCUGAACGUCCAAUCGAACAAGCCUCUCUUCGCUUCAAACUAUAUUCCGGCAUCCACAGUACAAGUUCACGCCUCCAAUCUAUUGCAGCUACCAAAUGGCGACCUGUUAUGCGCAUGGUUUGGAGGUUCUCAAGAAGGACUCUCUGAUAUUUGCAUCCAUCUUUCGCGACUGAAGAAGGGUUCACGGGUAUGGUCGACGCCACAAAAGAUCUCGGACGAUUCAGAGCGUAGUGAACAGAAUCCAGUGUUAUUUCUCGUUCCUGGAACAACAACUCUUUGGGUAAUGUACACGGCGCAGCCGGCUGUAAACCAAGACAAAGCCAUUGUGCGAUACCGUGUGUCAUCGGAUGGGGGCCAAACAUGGAGUCUGGCGCAAAAUCUUUUCGAUGAUGAAGGGCUCUUCAUCAGACAGCCAGUCACUUUUCUGGAAGAUGGCACCUGGGUGCUCCCAGCGUGGUACUGUCGCAAUCCUCCUGGCUUUUGCUGGGUCGGCUCAGAUGACAUCUCCGUUGUGAAAUACACGAGAGAUGGCGGAAAAACUUGGCAAGAGAAGGAAGUUCCCAACUCUAUAGGGGCUGUACAUAUGAACAUCAAAGCGCUUCUUGAUGGCUCGUACAUUGCUUUCUAUCGCUCGCGGUGGGCAGACAAUAUCUACAUGUCGACAUCUACCAACUGCAUCGAUUGGACGGAGCCUAAGCCUACACCCCUUCCGAAUCCAAACUCUGGUAUCUGUUUCGAGUUUGAGGAAGGCCAAGCGAAGCGCGAGGGCCUUUACGACGACAUCACUCCCGAAGAUGAUAAACGCAUCAACCAGCGUGGUUCGACCAGGGAUGCUGUAUGGGGAGUACCUCGCAAGAUGAUGACCGUGGGUGUGAGCAGUGAUGGAGGUAGGACGUGGAAGAGUAAGACCUUACAAGUAGGCGAUGGAUUUUGCAUGACGAACAACUCGCGAACAAAAGAGAAUAGAGAACUCAGUUAUCCCAGCAUCUGGGUGGAGAGGAACGCUAAUGAUGUCGUGAAUGUUGCAUUUACUUUUUGGAGACAGCGGAUCAAGUUCAUUCGGUUCGACGUUGACUGGGUAAACAGCUAGAACGCUACAUUUUUAUACAUAGAUAUAAUGUCGGAACUAGCACCAAAAUUCAAAUUCACAUAUGAC